CGGCCGCUGUCAAUCAGCAGCCACUUCCUGUUCCGGUGGGGCGACCUCAGAGCUGCUCUUCCCCGCUCGUGCCGUUGCUCUCGUUCGGUUUGAACAGAGAGGAAAACAAUUCCCUGCUGUCAUAAAGGAUUUGCAUUUGAAAGAUCCAUCACCAUGAUGUCCUCUAAGAGACUUGCAGACAUGGGUUACAAGAUGGUUUCUGGCUCAAUGAUAUUACUGACAGUAUACGGUGGUUAUCUGUGCAGUCUCCGUGUCUACCGCUUCUUCCAGAGACAAAAGACCUUGAAGGCAGCGGCUAAAGAUCAAGCCAGUGAAAUAAUAAAAGAUUAAAAGCUGCUCCUGUCCUGGGGAAACACCCUCACUCCCACCCUUUCAGUACGUAAGAAAUGAAUGUUUCAUGUUGUAUAGCUACUGGAAUUGUGUGAAUCAACUUUAAAAUCUAUUUGUUAUAAAAUGUUUAAAUAAUUCUGUUGAAA